AUGGAAUUAAUAACAUUUUGGGAUAUUUAUUUUAAAAGCGAUGGAGAUUAUAAAAGUUAUGAUGAAUUAGUUCAAGGAGCAUUGAACGAUGAUUGUUAUCAAAAAGUUUAUCCAGGAGUAGCAUCUGAAUCAUUAUUAGAAAAUUUAAUAAAAUUUGUACAGAAUGUCAAUAAUAGGCCAAUACAAGAUGGUGUUGAUCAUGGAACAUUAUAUAAAAAACCUAAUGGACGACAAAUUGAUUCAUCACGUCGUUAUUAUCUUGUAAAAGAACCAAAUUUAGAUGAAUUUAAUUUAUAUGCAAAAAUUACAAAAGGAAGAAAAUUAGGUUAUUAUCGUAUUUAUACAAAUAAAGAUGAAGUUGAAUUAUUACUUGAAUAUGGAUUGAAUUAUUUGAAACAACAAGCAACAUUACCAAUACUUGCUGAUUAUCUUCAAUUUGGACAAGAUUCGAAAUAUUUGAUUGCUCGUGAAAGAUGUGAAUUUAUAUCUCGUUUAUUAAAUAAUAAUGUUGCAGCAGCAAGAGAAAAUUCUAAAGGAGAUUAUGAUGUAACAAAGUUAGGAGCACAACAAACACAAAUAAAAAAAUGUUCAAAAGAAACUGCAAUAGCAUCGACAGUUUCCUCUUCACCAUCACCAUCAACCCGUCAAUCACGUGCACAAAAACAGGUUUUGUCGUUAUCCUCAACAACGUUAUCAUCAUCAGCUGAUGAAAAAAGUACAUCUCGUUCACAAUCAUCAUCUGUUGAACGUUCUCAAUCUCCACCACCAAAAAAAAAAACAAAUAAUAAAUUAAUUAAAAAACAACAACAAUUGUCAAAAACAACGACUAAAAAACCUGCUCCUACAUCUUAUUCACGUUCAACUCCAAUAUUGAAUCGUCUUAGGACUAAAUCUAAUGGUCGUAAUGCUAUUGCUUCGUCGUCCUCCACAUCAUCAACUAAACCUGUUGUGAUUGUUACAGUAUCGAAUAACAAACAGACCGUUAGUGCCAAAAAACGUGGACAUUCAUCGGAAAGUGAAGAUAAUGAUGAUAAUACACCUAUAUUACAUGUUCCUACUACAUCAGCUGAUGUUAAACCAGUUAAACAUGCAAAUGGUUGUGCAAGAAAUAAACGUAGAAAAAAUAAACAUUAA